GGAAAAAUCCCUUCAAAACAAAGCAAGCCGGCACUGUCGCAUUUAGUAGAACUACGACAUUGUUUUAAUGUGAGAUGUAAGAUCGACAAUGAGUUUCUUUCGUCGAUUAUCCCAAAAUAAUAGCCCAUCUACAGUCUUAAAUAUACAGGACGAUGAUCCCGAUACAACAGAACCUAGAGAGACAGAACCCAACGCCAGGGCGCUGCUACAUUGCUGCACUCGCUCAUAUUUCUUCUUCGCUGGGCAGUGGUUUUGGCCUGCAGAAGAGUUUAUCACAAAGCACAACCUGCCACGAAAACUAUGUAGAAUCGCAUACGCCAUUUGGCAGGUGUUAGUUGUGCUCAUAAUGUGGUCCUACUUCCUGUACUCGAUGGGAUUUUUCACACUGCGAACCAUUGAGGAAGUCGAUUGGCUGUGCCCGCUAACAGACAUCAAGAACAUGGCUCACGGUUUAUGUUGGAUAGUAAAUCACCACACGGGACUCCUAUUUUUCUUGUUCGGCAACUUUGAAAAGCUUCUGGAGCAGCUAAGCAUCACCAAGGAUGAGGUAAGUUUCCCGGGAACGGGGAAGUGGGGGGGGGGGGGGAGGGGGGAGGAAUCAGGGAAGAAGAAGGGAAUGGCCUGGGGUGCAUUCCUAGGGAAAUGUAAAUUAUGCUUCACAACUGAGUUACUUUAACCCCUUUAAGUGAAAUCCUAAUCCAGACUAAGGCUUCUCAGUUGGUGAUACUACAGCUGAUACUACUGUUAAAUAUGCUACAAAGGAAAAUCUAAAGAUAUCGAGACAGUCGUAAACAUUCAAAUGGAAGCUACUACGCAAUACUUUCCUGUGGUAUUGUUUAUUAUGCUGUACAAGGUAGUUCUAACUUUCUCGUGAUAUGUGUAAUAAACAGCUCACGUCAUAGAAAGUGCUUUAUACGGGGUUAUAUUCACGAGUUGUUUGUGUCAAAAGUCCUCACUCGCUCGUACCUCGCUCGUUCGGGUUUUGUAGACUGCUUGCAGUCCGCCUUUUCUCUUAAAAUCCGUCCAGUUCUUAUCUCAUCCAGCGCGAUUGCAAACCACGAUACGCGACAAGCGGCCUCGCCGCUCGCGUGCUUAGGUUUGGCGUGCAGUAACUUUGCAAAGAAAAAUAAGAGACUGCUCGCAGUCCGGGGUUUUGACACAAACAACUCGUGAAUAUAACCCCAUACAAAGUACUUUCUAUGACGUGAGCUGUUUAUUACACAUAUCACGAGAAUUUUCACUGAAAUAGUUUUCUUAAUGUAACACAUAUUAGUAAGAGCAAAUCACAAACAGUAGAACCAAAUGAAAAUUUAAUAGUAACGGCAAAUCUCUUAACUCAUUCUAAGUCCUGAUCGAAAAAUGAAUAAAGGUCGUGCUGAACAGAAAAUGCACUUACAAAAGUUUAAUCUAAGUACGUCACAGACCUCAACGAUGUGGGCUCGUAUUAUUGUUCGCCGUCUUUCUUUCGAUUGAAGUAGAAAAUUGGCGAUUAACACGUCGAGAUCUCUUGUAUCAAUAUUUUCCAACUCUCUCGGCUCGUUCCUUCAAACUAAAUACUUUAUCAACAACGAAACAUCUCUCUGAGUUUUGCUUUUUGUGUUCUUGAUGUUGUUUUUUCUUUAUGCUACACAAACUCUUCUAAGGAGCAACCAACCGACAAAAACCUGUUAUAGUUUUCCUUCGUUCCCGGCAUUUUGUGUUAAUAAAUUUGGAGGCGUCGCUAGACAGCCACCAAAUCUGGAAAGCCAUAAACGAUGAACUACUCUGAUAUUGGCUCAGAAAGGCAUUUAUGCUGUCGUUGAUUGGUUAUGCUUCCACAUGUCAAAACAGCUGCAUGUACGCCAUUCUGAUUGGCUGUACAAGCUUUUCUCACAUGUGGAAAAUAAAGUGUAUAGAUUUCUACAAAUAAGCUUUACGAAAUAGAAUUCUCGUAAUACUUGUAAUAAAAAGUGGCUCUAACUUUGAGUCUUUGGAUGAAAUCAUUAACUGUGACAAUUCAAGUGAAAGCUACUGAGCAGUACUUUCCUGUGGUAAUGUUUAUUAUGCCGUACAAGGUGGCUCUAACUUUUGAGUCUUUGGAUGAAAUCAUUAAGUGUGACAAUUCAAGUGAAAGCUACUGAGCAGUACUUCCUUGUGGUACUGUUUAUUAUGCUGUACAAGGUGGUUCUAACUUUCGAGUCUGUGGAUGAAAUCCUAAAGUGUGACCAUUCAAAUGAAAGCUACUGAACAGUACUUUCCUGUGGUACUGUUUAUUAUGCUGUAGAAGGUCGUUCUAACUUUGAGUCUGUGGACGAAAUCCUAACGUGUGACCAUUCAAAUGAAAGCUACUGAGCAGUACUUUCCUGUGGUACUGUUUAUUAUGCUGUACAAGGUGCUUCUAACUUUCGAGUCGGUGGAUGUAAUCCUCAGCGUGACCAUUCAAAUAAAAGCUAUUCAGUAGUACCUUGCGGUGAUAUGAAUAUUACAUAUUGUUUGUGCCCAAUCACAGACUAGAUAAGUCGUGGAACUGGUUCGUUAAGAGUAGUAUCCCAGGGGCUCUCUCGCCCGUUGUUGAAAACUUUCGCUGCCGUUUUCCCUGACGCAACUAAGGCAGACCAACUAACUGCUCCCAAGCUCCGAAACUCUGGAAUGAGCUACCUGUGGAGCUUCGUCAGGCAACAUCACUUAACAGUUUUAAAUCUCGACUUAAAACCUAUCUUUUUAAGAAGUAUUUUUAUAGUUUGUAACUUAGUUUAUUUUAUUCUCAGGGUAAUGUAUUUUCGUUUUCUUUUAAACAUAUGAUUCUAAAGCGCUAUUGAUCAGCACAUGUAAAUACGCGCUAUAUAAAUUGGUAAAUUAUUAUUAUUAUUAUUAUUAAGUCUCCGAGGAUAUAUUACGCCAUAAAGAGGGUUCUGCCCUUUCAAAAACUGACUCAUCCACUAUUGGAAUAUCUUCGUGCUGUUCGCGUUUUGUUUUACGGAAUUAAAUUAAACGCAAGACGUUUUCUAUAUUACUAGGCACCUAAUUUUGUCAUUUCGCAAUUGUUUCUUCAAUAUCUAGGUACGCAGAAGAGCUUCGUCCCACUCGAUCUCUGUUUUCGUGGUAAAUUCUGUGCUUUGGCUAUUUGUCGUCCCAAUAAGUUUGCACGCCACGCAAAUGUUGAUGCCAGAAUUUUUGCCAGUGCCAAGAUACACAGAUGGAAAGAUCACGGGUACCAAUAACAGCUUCCCAGCCAUACAAGUAGCUUUUGAUGUUUUCUUUUAUGCAGCCAGUCGCGGUUUUUCACUGCCCAUUUUCUACGCUUUUCUUUACUUGAUGUUAUUUCUGUGCUGCGAAGUGGACAAAUUCAAAGCCGAGCUUGGAAGCGGUCUCUAUCCAAGCGAAGAAGAAGCCAGGGACAAAGCCAAAAAGAUAAACACGUUGAUCAAACAGACAGAAGAGGCCUUCCGUUUUUUUCUCACCUUGUACAUAGCCAUGCUCUUGUUGUCAUCAGCACUGGAAAUUUUCUCCAUCGUGGAAAAAGCCGAAACCGUGAUAACGGUAAACCACACCGUUCACGAAAUACCUGGAAGCGCUUUAGCCAGCGUACAAACCUUAAAUUUUGGGUCAAAAAGUUUGAUGGCUUUUCCUCACAGGUAGGAUUUUAAUUAUAAAUCUCAUACAAUUCCUAAGGCUGUGUUCACAUUAUAAUGGAUACCGUGGCUUUUCGCGGCUUCAAGAAAAGCGAUCCGGUAUAUAUAGUAUGAACAACAACGUCUCGGUUCCACGGAAUUAAAGCUCAUAUUAGUACUAACAAGUUACGCUGUGAACUCCUAUCCACAGGUUAACCGGCAAACGUACAAUCCUAAUUGUAUUUCCCCCCUCAAAUCACACCGUGGGAAUGUCUGGAGGUGAAGGACUCAUCCCAAAGAUUCUUGUUGAUCAGUACAAGAUCACUACGCAAGAGAUCGUGGUGACAGCUGUGUUGGACAUCACAGAAAACGUGGUACUGUACGCCUUUCCACUCUACCAGAUGUCUGUUCUCAAACGUUGUCUGAAAACAGUCCUAGAGAUGGUAGAAGACAGCAGGUAUGGAGCACAGCAAAACCCUAACAGGAUUUUUAGAACACGACAAGAGAAGAAAGACUUCACGAAUUGGUUCCGCAAAAGGUGCAUUUCUGGUAUUACAGUUCUUGGUAGAGAAGUGAGUUUUCUCUGGACCUUGGUGUUGACCUUCUUUGGUCCCUUUGUUGUGGUGGUGGUAAAUUUGAUGUUCAAGCACAUUCACGUCGAAUCUCCUUGGCAUUAACAAGGAAAUCGAUAAAGAAGACAAAAACGCUGGACAAACUUGUUUACUAUCACCUACAAGAUGUAGUUUUUCCUAACUGAUUAUAGGUUAAACGACUGCCGGUCAUUUCGCUACGCAGUUCAGUCAGGAGCCGAUCGGCUCUUGGUUCAGUUGAUUCCGAAUUUCGCUAUACAGUUGUAUUUUGAAAUUGAUGCACGUCGUGAUAGUACUGCAUCGAUAUCCCUGUUUGUUCCUUACAGGAAUACUGUGAUACACAAAUGACGGCAUAACUUUUCAGCCCAAGUUCAGUACUUAUAGAGCGUUUUCACUCACGUGACCAGCAUCUAUGUUAAUUUAUUGGAACAAAAGAAAGCGUCUUCAUGAGAAAAAAGGGCUCCAGGACUCCCACAGGACUGGUUUGGAACACAAACGCGUGACGUCAUGUGAAAACGUUCCAUAGGUUCAAUUGCAAGCCGCUGUUUGGGAAAUGAGCCCGCGCUCCUCACUUGAGGAGGAACAAAGAGCUUUAGUUUCUUAUCAUGCUUAUAGAAUGCCUAGUUGACGUUGUAGCGGAAGGAUUGCACAGAAAAAGGACUUCGUAGCGAAAAUACCGGACACCAGUCAAACAGAUAACUAAGCAUAAUAUUUACAAUACCAUUUUGCGCAAUUUAGUUUCAGGUUUCCAUUAGAAUAACGGAUGAUUUAAGAAGCCGAUAAUGUUGUAAAUAAUAAUAACAGCUGAUAAUGAUGAUCAAGGCAUGACAAUGAUGUUGAAAACAAAUAAAUAUUGGAUGUGGUUUUUGUGAUAUCCGGAAUAAUCAAGGUCGAGGUAAAAGAAAAUGUUAUCAGCCGAGCCAAAAGGCCGGAACUGAUAACACUUACCGAGACCUUGAUUAUUCCGGAUAUCACAAAAACCGAAACUAAUAAUUGUUUUAUUAUACAUUGUUUUGAAGAAAAUAGGGAGUUUACGGAACGAUGACGACGACGGCAACGAGAACGGCAAAAAAGCAAAGGGUUUAGACCAGCAUUACAAAAACUUUGCACGUGCAUCACGCUUUUUUGUACAUUUCUCUUCUGUCGUUGCACGACUACAACGUGAAACUGCCUAAUUUCACGCUUUGUCGAGGACGGGAACACAAGACAACAACUUUCUUUUUCUUUUCCUGAACUUUGAUGCUGUCCUUUAGAAUUCAACUCCAAAAAAAUUGGUCAACAUUUGACGAAUUAAACGAGAUGGAAUAAGCGCGAUAAAGUUUGAGGCAGCGCAAAUUCACUUUUGAAGUGACGUUUUCGACAAACACACCGUCGCACGGAUCAUGUUUUCUGUCGUGGUUGGAAGUCAUGCGUUGUGCGCGCAACCUACAGAUUAGUCAGUUACCUGUUAACAGAAAACUAACUAAUCAGUAAGUUGAGUAGUUGACAGCUGUUUUUAGGGUAGUCACUGGGGAGGAGCGUUGCGUGACGACCCUAAAAACAGCUGCGAAAGAGAUUAUAGGUUGCGCUGAUUUCCAAAAUUAACUGUAGGCUCUUAGCCAAUCAGAAGACAUUGACAGAUAAUGAGUAUAAUGUACUGUAUACAGUCCAUUCUCUCGUAAGUGACCACCCUUGGUGUACGACAAAGUGGAAAAAUCAAGACAGUAAGUCAAUCCCUCCAAGACGGGCACCACUGGAACCGACAUGAGUGUCCUUCGUAGAGAGAUGUCGGCUUUACAGAAAGUAAGAGUACAGCACUGAAGAAAGGAGGGUAACAUGCCCAGAUGUCUAGACUUCCUAGAAGUUUGUCUUAUAGAGAGUUUACUGUAGUCAUGUUGUAAAUAUUUGUAAAAUAAUGUAAAUAAUCAUUUACGACAAAGUUGAGCCUGCUUGUUGCCAACGAGCAGCCUCGCGAGGGAACAGCAGAAUGAAUCUCGAAGCAAUGUAACAUAAGGUAGUGUAAGGUAACUUUUAUGACGUAAUGCAGAACAGAGAAUGCAUUGUUUUCGAGCGAACACGCACGCGAAAGUUCCAAGGCAGAAUGGGUCUCGAAGCGAUGUAACAGAAGGUAGUGUUAGGUAAGUUUUACGACGUAAUGAAUCCGACACCGAAGACUUCUUGUGACAGUCCGGUUGCUUGCACCCUUUUUAAGCAUCGCACACCGUGAUCAGUUUGGCCAGUGCCACCCGCAAAAGGAUCGCGGUUCUGGGGACGAUAAUGCUUUGCGGACUUCCUCAAGUAAUGAAAAAUGUCCCGUGAUCUCAGAUGAAUCACGUGACAAAACAUCGGGUAGAGCUAGUGCAAGAAGCGUUGUUCUCGGGUUUGUGUGGGAAUUUCAGCGAUCGUUAUUUAAGAGUCAAAAAUAGCAAACAAUAAACAUCAAAACUUCUCGAAGUCAGUCUCCGACAUUAGCAGAAAUAACUCUUGCUUACAGAAAAAAAAUGUUACGUGAAUCUGUUAAAUUCAUAUUUUUUUUAUAACGAAACGUUAGCAGAAACAAUUCUUGCUUAAGAGAGAGAAGUGACGACCGGAAAUGCUACGUUCGCAGGUUAAGAUUCGCCAUUUGCACAUCUCCCAUGAUACACCUUGUUUAUCCCCACUGUUUUCUCUUGGGGCCACUUAAAUACCCAGGAGAGAUUAAAAACAAAGAUUACGUAAACUUUUGGGGAGCCAAAAAAGUUUAUUAUGGGAGAUGUAAAAAUGGCGAAUGAAUUUUAAAACAGCGCGAAUGAGUCACUUCCGUGAUGUUUUCACAGUCGACGUUGUGGUAGUUGAGUUUUAGACCGUAUGAUGUACCAACCACAACUUCAUUCAUAAAUGUACCCGAAUCACAUUCGCUACAAUCAGUUUUCGUUUCUUCAUUUUGGUUUCUCAUGUGGAACGGGAAGCGACAUAUAUCAGGUACCUGCAGAAGGUCAACAAAAGAUUCACCGAAAGUGAAAACUAUUUUUGAAAACAUUUCCUGUCUGUUAUUUCCUUUCGAGGAAGUACCUGUGACAUUUAUCUACACUGUACAUUCAUUUUCGUCAAAAACGAAAGAGUAUUAAGCCCUUGCUUUGACACAACAUGAAUAACUCAUUAAUAACUUUUUACAACAAAAGAAAUAACACAACGCGACAAUAGACAGUAACGCCUGAUCGCUGUUUACCACUGAAUGAAUUUUAUCAUGAAUACCGUUUCAAGCGUGUAAGGAUAUACAGUCAAAGCCCGUUGAUACGGACGGCACUGAGGGGGCUAUAGAGAGUGUCUGUUUUAACGGGGUGUCCGUAUUAAGGGGUUGAAUUGAGAGAAAAUGUAUGGCUUGCUUUGACAGGGACAAAGCAAAGUGUCCGUAAUAACGAGGUGUCGGUAUUAAGCGGGUGUCUGUAAAGCGAAGUUUUUUUGACUGCUUUCAUAACAGGCUACCUUUCCUUCUCCUAAGUCUUCCCAUGUUACGAAUAAGCGGUACAGAUGUUUAAUAAAUAGCUUCAGGAAAUAAAAUGGUGUAUUAUAAAACUGCAUAUAGUCGGUAAAAAAUCAAUGUUUGAAGACGAGUGAAAUUACUUUGACUGGAAGUCAAGGCUUAUAAACUAGUUCUAGCUUUCGCUAAGUACCUACAAAAAAAAGAAUUUGCCUAAAUCACCGGUUUUAGUUCCAAUCUUUAUAAAACCAUUUCAGCUGCUGAGGCUGUCAGCUGCUGAGGCGGGAAUUUCCACUACAAGCACUCCCUGUUCCUACAUUUCUGCCAUGCUCUUGGCCGUAAAAUCGCUCUUAUUCUUCAGCUUAGCCAUUUUUGAACCUUAAACUUGUCGAGUUUCAAACAGCGAAAGGGAAAUAAAAUUUAUAGGUUUGCGCGAACUUGAAAUAGUGAGUUGUAGUCCGUACAAGUACAGUAGUGUGAAGUUUGAAGGUUUGUUUACAACAAAGGUCAUCAAAAGUCACGUGAAACUAAACGUGAAAUCUAACGCUACUAAAAUCCCCAGGGAAUCUAACCUUACCUUACACUUUUCACAGUACGAUCGAGAAUUUUUCUGCCUGCUGCAAUACUUUGCGUGGCAUUAAGCUGGCCGCCUCGCAAGCCGACCGUCUUCGCUAAGCUUGCUCGUUGGCAAUUAGGUGAAGUUAUAUAGUCAGCUUGAUAGUUUCAUAACAUGACAAAGCAAAAUGAUGAUGAUGAUGAUGAUGGUGAUGAUGACGACGACGAAGACCAUGACACGAUGAUAACUUCCGCACAGGCCACGUUCAGACCUAUUCGGGAAUGCACUCAGCCGGAUGAUCGUAUACAAAACAUUUAUUUAACUUACGUAUGAAAUUAAUCCUGGGUUCACUCAAUUAACAAAAAGUUCUUUGUUGUCUGAUUUCUAAGAAAUGUGCUCAUCAAAACAAACGAAACGAGCCAGCUGGCGUCUAGGAAAUUAAACUAAUUUGGGAAAAACCCCUUUAAAACAAAGCAAGCCGGCACUGUCGCAUUUAGUGGAACUACGACAUUGUUUUAAUGUGACAGGCAAGAUCGACAAUGAAUCGCUAUCGUCAAUUAUCCGAAGAGGAAAGGAAUUUUUCGAUCAAUUUCGAUCAAUCUAGAGAAUUUGAGAUUAUUAUAAGGCCACCCCACGUAGUGAUAGAUAUACCGGACGAUGAUUCCGAUACAACAGAACCCAAAGCCAUGACGCUGCUACAUCGUUACACUCGCUUAUAUUUCUUCCUCGCCGGGCAGUGGUUUUGGCCUGCAGAAAAUUUCAUCACUGAAAGGCACAACCUGCUAAGAAAAGUAUGUAGAAUCGCAUACGCCAUUUGGCAGGUGAUAGUUUGCUCAUAAUGUGGUCCUAUUUCCUGUACUCGAUGGGAUUUUUCACACUGCGAACCAUUGAGGAAGUCGAUUGGCUGUGCCCGCUAACAAACAUCAAGAACAUGGCUCACGGUUUAUGUUGGAUAGUAAAUCACCACACGGGACUCCUAUUUUUCUUGUUCGGCAACUUUGAAAGUCUUCUGAACCAGCUGAGCAUCACCAACGAUGAGGUAAGUUUCCCGGGAACGGGGAAGUGGGGGGGGAGGAGGGAGGAAUCAGGGAAGAAGAAGGGAAUGGCCUGGGGUGCAUUCCUAGGGAAAUGUAAAUUAUGCUUUACAACUGAGUUGCUUUAACCCCUUUAAGUGAAAUCCUAAUGUAUAACCAUCCAGACUAAGGCUUCUCAGUUGGUGAUACUAAUGUUAAAUAUGCUACAAAGGAAACUCUAAAGAUAUCGAGACAGUCGUAAACAUUCAAAUGGAAGCUACCGCGCAAUACUUUCCCGUGGUAUUGAUUAUUAUGCUGUACAAGGUGGUUCUAACUUUCUCGUGAUAUAUGUAAUAAACAGCUCACGUCAUAGAGAGUGCUUUAUACGGGGUUAUAUUCACGAGUUGUUUGUGUCAAAAGCCCUCACUCGCUCGAUCGUACCUCGCUCGUUCGGGUUUUGUAGACUGCUUGCAGUCUGCCUUUUCUCUUAAAAUCCGUCCAGUUCUUAUCCAUCCAGCGCAAACAGAAAAUACACUUACAAAAGUUUAAUCUAAGUACGUCACAGACCUCAGCGAUGUGGGCUCGUUUUAUUGUUCGCCGUCUUUCUUUCGAUUGAAGUAGAAAAUUGGCGAUUAACACGUCGAGACUUCUUGUAUCAAUAUUUUCCAACUCUCUCGGCUGGCUCCUUCAAACUAAAUACUUUAUUAACAACGAAACAUCUCUCCGUGUUUUGCUUAAUGUGUUCCUGUUUUUUUUUUUUUUUUUUUUUUUGAUGCUACACAAACUCUUCUAAGGAGCAACCAACCGACAAAAUCCUGUAAUAGUUUUCCUUCGUCUCCGGUAUUUUGUGUAAAAAAAUUUGGAGGUCGCCAGAAAGCCGCCAAAUCUGGAAAGCCAUAAACGAUGAACUACUCUGAUAUUGGCUCAGAAAGGCAAUUAUGCUGUCGUUGAUUGGUUAUGCUUCCACAUGUGAAAACAGUUGCAUGUACGCCAUUCUGAUUGGCUGUACAAGCUUUUCUCACAUGAGGAAAAUAAAGUGUAUAGAUUUCUACAAAUAAGCUUUACGAAAUAGAAUUCUCGUAAUACUUGUAAUAAAAAGUGGCUCUAACUUUGAGUCUGUGAAUGAAAUCCUAACGUGUGACCAUUCAAAUGAAAGCUACUGAGCAGUACUUUCCUGUGGUACUGUUUAUUAUGCUGUACAAGGUAGCCCUAACUUUUGAGUCUUUGGAUGAAAUCAUUAAGUGUGACAAUUCAAGUGAAAGCUACUGAGGAGUACUUUUCUGUGGUACUGUUUAUUAUGCUGUACAAUAUUGUUCUAACUUUGAGUCUGUGGACGAAAUCCUAACGUGUGACCAUUCAAAUGAAAGCUACUGAGCAGUACUUUCCUGUGGUACUGUUUAUUAUGCUGUACAAGGUGCUUCUAACUUUCGAGUCGGUGGAUGUAAUCCUCAGCGUCAACAUUCAAAUAAAAGCUAUUGAGUAGUACCUUGCGGUGAUAUGAAUAUUACAUAUUGUUUGUGCCCAAUCACAGACUAGGUAAGUCGUGGAACUGGUUCGUUAAGAGUAGUAUCCCAGGGGCUCUCUCGCCCGUUCUUGAAAACUUUCGCUGACGCAACUAAGGCAGACCAACUAACUGCCCCCAAGUCUCCGAGGAUAUAUUACGCCAUAAAGAGGGUUCUGCCCUUUCAAAGACUGACUCAUCCACUAUUGGAAUAUCCUUGUGCUGUUCGCGUUUUGUUUUAUGGAAAUAAAUUAAACGCAAGACGUUUUCUAUAUUACUAGGCACCUAAUUUCGUCAUGUCGCAAUUGUUUCUUCAAUAUCUAGGUACGCAGAAGAGCUUCGUCUCACUCGAUCUCUGUUUUCGUGGUAAAUUCUGUGCUUUGGCUAUUUGUCGUUCCAAUAAGUUUGCACGCCACGCAAAUGUUGAUGCCAGAAUUUUUGCCAAUGCCAAGAUACACAGAUGGAAAGAUCACGGGUACCAAUAACAGCUUCCCAGCCAUACAAGUAGCUUUUGAUGUUUUCUUUUAUGCAGCCAGUCGCUAAUUGUAUUUCCCCCCUCAAAUCACACCGUGGGAAUGUCUGGAGAUGAAGGACUCAUCCCAAAGAUUCUUGUUGAUCAGUACAAGAUCACUACGCAAGAGAUCGUGGUGACAGCUGUGUUGGACAUCACAGAAAACGUGGUACUGUACGCCUUUCCACUCUACCAGAUGUCUGUUCUCAAAAGUUGUUUGAAAAGAGUCCUAGAGAUGGUAGAAGACAGCGAUUAUGGAGCACAGCAAAACCCUAACAGGAUUUUUAGAACACGACAGGAGAAGAAAGACUUCACGAAUUGGUUCCGCAAUAGGUGCAUUUCUGGUAUUACAGUUCUUGGUAGAGAAGUGAGUUUUCUCUGGACCUUGGUGUUGACCUUCUUUGGUCCCUUUGUUGUGGUGGUGGUAAAUUUGAUGUUCAAGCACAUUCACGUCGAAUCUCCUUGGCAUUAACAAGGAAAUCGAUAAAGAAGACAAAAACGCUGGACAAACUUGUUUACUAUCACCUACAAGAUGUAGUUUUUCCUAACUGAUUAUAGGUUAAACGACUGCCGGUCAUUUCGCUACGCAGUUCAGUCAGGAGCCGAUCGGCUCUUGGUUCAGUUGAUUCCGAAUUUCGCUAUACAGUUGUAUUUUGAAAUUGAUGCACGUCGUGAUAGUACUGCAUCGAUAUCCCUGUUUGUUCCUUACACGAAUACUGUGAUACACAAAUGACGGCAUAACUUUUCAGCCCAAGUUCAGUACUUAUAGAGCGUUUUCACUCACGUGACCAGCAUCUAUGUUAAUUUAUUGGAACAAAAGAAAGCGUUUUCAUGAGAAAAAAGGGCUCCAGGACUCCCACAGGACUGGUUUGGAACACAAACGCGUGACGUCAUGUGAAAACGCUCCAUAGGUUCAAUUGCAAGCCGCUGUUUGGGAAAUGAGCCCGCGCUCCUCACUUGAGGAGGAACAAAGAGCGACGGACAUGGAACCUAAGUUUCUUAUCAUGCUUAUAGAAUGCCUAGUUGACGUUGUAGCGGAAGGAUUGCACAGAAAAAGGACUUCGUAGCGAAACUACCGGUCAAACCAGUCAAACAGAUAACUAAGCAUAAUAUUUACAAUACCAUUUUGCGCAAUUUAGUUUCAGGUUUCCAUUAGAAUAACGGAUGAUUUAAGAAGCCGAUAAUCUUGUAAAUAAUAAUAACAGCUGAUAAUGAUGAUCAAGGCAUGACAAUGAUGUUGAAAACAAAUAAGUAUUGGAUGUGGUUUUUGUGAUAUCCGGAAUAAUCAAGGUCGAGGUAAAAGAAAAUGUUAUCAGCCGAGCCAAAAGGCCGGAACUGAUAACACUUACCGAGACCUUGAUUAUUCCGGAUAUCACAAAAACCGAAACUAAUACUUGUUUUAUUAUACAUUGUUUUGAAGAAAAUAGGGAGUUUACGUAACGAUGACGACGACGGCAACGAGAACGGCAAAAAAGCAAAGGGUUUAGACAAGCAAAACAACAACUUUGCACGUGCAUCACGCUUUUUUGUACAUUUCUCUUCUGUCGUUGCACGACUACAACGUGAAACUGCCUAAUUUCACGCUUUGUCGAGGACGGGAACACAAGACAACAACUUUCUUUUUCUUUUCCUGAACUUUGAUGCUGUCCUUUAGAAUUCAACUCCAAAAAAAUUGGCAACAUUUGAAGAAUCAACGAGAUGGAAUAAGCGCGAUGAGGUUUGAGGCAGCGCAAAUUCACUUUUUAAGUGACGUUUUCGACAAAAAACACCGUCGCACAGAACAUGUUUUCUGUCGUGGCUGGAAAUCAUGCAUUGCGCGUGCAACCUACAGAUUAGUCAGUUACCUGCUACCGUAGGUUGCGUAGUCUCAGCUGUCGCAAUAGUCGCAGCUGUUUUUAGGGUAGUCACUGGGAACGAGCGUUGCGUGACGACCCUAAAAACGGUUGCGAAAGAGAUUAUAGGUUGCGCUGAUUUCCAAAAUUAACUGUAGGCUCUUAGCCAAUGUACUGUAUACACUCAAUUCUCUCGUAAGCGACCACCCUUGGUAUACGAACCUUGGUCGCUUACGGGAAGUGGUCGUCUAUGGGAAAAAUCAAGACAAUAAGUCAAUCCCUUUUAAGGAUUUUUAAUCCCUUUUUAAGAAUUUUUAAUCCCUUUUUAAGGAAGAAAAAAUUUAGAAGAGCAGGAGUAAGAAUCGAACCCGGAGUGCUGUAUACUACUACGCCGAUGAGGAUUUCUGGCUAGCACUGGUUUGAUUUAAAGCUAUAUAUCAACAAGCUUAACCCUAAAUAGAAGCUAACCGUUUGGAGUCAGUGCUUAACCCUAAUCACUAUUUUCAGGGCUUAACCCUUAUCACCAGUUAUCACCAUAGUCAGUGCUUAACCGUAAUCACUAUAGUCAGUGCUCAAAACCAAAGCGAUAAGGAAUACUAGGUUGUGUAAACUUCAUAAGGUGUCCAAGGGAGUUUUGGCCGAUGGGAUCUAAUGUUAACAAACACCAAUAUGGCCGCGUGACGUCAUGUGAAAACGCUCUAUAGGCUCAAUAGCAAGCCGCUGUUUGGGAAAUGAGCCCGCGAUCCUCUCUUGAGGAGGAACAAAGAGCAACGGAAACGGAGCCUAUUAAGUUACUUAUCAUGCUUAUAGAAUGAGAAAUUGGCUUAGUCAACGUUGUGCGAAGUCCUUUUUUUGUGCAAUCCUUCCGCUAGCGAAAAGACCGGAUACCAGUCAAACAGAUAGCCAAGCAUAAUAUUUACUACACCAUUUUGCGCAAUUUAGUUUCAGGUUUCCAUUAGAAUAACGGAUGAUUUAAGAAGCCGAUAAUGUUGUGAAUAAUAAUAAUAGCUGAUAAUGAUGAUCAAGGACAUGAUGAUGAUGAUGUUGACAACAAAUAAAUAUUGGAUGUGGUUUUUGUGAUAUCCGGAAUAAUCAAGGUCGAGGUAAAAUAAAAUGUUAUCAGCCGAGCCAAAAGGCCGGAACUGAUAACACUUACCGAGACCCUGAUUAUUCCGGAUAUCACAAAAACCGAACCUAAUAAUUGUUUUAUUAUACAUUGUUUUGAAGAAACUAACGACAAACACACCGUCGUACGGAACAUGGUUUCUGUCGUGGUUGGAAAUCAUGCAUUGUGCGCGCAAUCUGCAGAUUAGUCAGUUAUCUGCUUACAGAUAACAAACUAAUCCGUAGGUUGCACUGAUUUCCAAAAUUAACUGUAGGCUCUUAGCCAAUGAGAAGACA